AUGAUCCAAUGUCUGCAGAGACUCAGGGCUCAGAAUAUACGCGCUUUCGGCAUUGCCGUGCUGGACCUUGAUAGUGUUUCGGACGCAAAACUCAAAGAGAUGCAUGAUCUCGGAAUCCGUGGACUACGGCUAAACUUCCAAGCAGAUGGGAAGGAAGUGAGCACCGACAGGCUGAGGGCUGCAUUGACGCGAGCUGCAGACCGCAUUCGCGAUCUCCCUGAUUGGAUGAUCCAAUUGUUUAUUCCCGGCUGGGCAUGGGAUAGCCUCUACGAGACUAUCCUCCAGCUCCCGGUCAGGAUCAUCGCAGAUCACCUUGGCGGUAUGCGUGGUCACAGCCUGCUACCUUCUGAUUUACAAUCAAUACCAACGUCGCAACCCGGAUUCGUAUCGCUUAUGUCACUUGCGAGACAAUCUCGCGUCGUUAUAAAGAUGUCCGGUUUGUAUCGCAUGUCGAGUGAUACCUGUUCCACCUACAGCGACCUGAAGCCUAUCGUGGAGACAUUGGCGCAAGAGGCACCAAAGCAAGUUAUCUGGGGGAGUGAUUGGCCACACACUGGGGAUGGACAUAAUAGACUCGAAGGUCGAUUGGACGUCAAGGAACCUUUUCGAGUCAUUAAGAACGAUGCUAUACUUAAUCACUUGCAUGAUUGGAUGGGAAGCGAUGCUUACAAGAAAAUGAUGGUGGACAACCCGAAGAGAAUAUAUCAUCAAUGA